GGUGGGGUUCGAGGCUCGGCGCUGCCUUCCCCGGCUGGGGACCGCGGAGAGGGGGGAUGGGUGUGCGUGCGCGGCCGUGCCAGGAUCUGGAUCCCCCCGCCUGCCCACCCCCAAGCGCGUCAGGGCUUUGCCUCUCCCAGCCGAGCCUCCCCGCGGCUUCUCCGCGCUCCUUAAAAAAUAUAUACGUGUGCCCCAAAGCCGGAGAGAGUGAGGCAGUCCGGCAGGGGGAAGGGCUUUCUGAGGAGCAGGGGCUGCCGAGAGGCGGAGGGAAGCGCCCCGCAGCUCCCCGCGCCCUGCCUCCAUGCCGCUCUGCCGCCGCUCGCCUUCCGCCGGGCCGGAGGAAGGGGUGUGCGAAGAUCUGUAUUAAAUGUCUGAAAUAUUUGAGCAAGUUGCCUCCUGUAUUCUGUUGCAAGCUUACUUCCCCCACCCACUUCCCGCCCUCAACUAAAGUAUGUUCAUCAGAUUGCUGAAUUGAAAAGGUUUUUCAAAGAGAGGUGUGCUGAUUAGAUAAGGAGAUGCCAUGGUCUUCUUCCGUCGAUGUAGGAAGAUAGCAGAUAUGAUCGCUUGAAAAAGCAGAGCUACCCAGUGCAAGUAUGGCUUUCGCCCAGUCGCACAUUAUGGCAGCUAGAAGGCAUCAGCACAGUAGACUCAUAAUUGAAGUGGAUGAGUACAGCUCCAACCCCACACAGGCUUUCACGUUCUACAACAUUAACCAGGGACGUUUUCAGCCCCCACAUGUGCAAAUGGUUGAUCCGGUGCCCCAUGAUGCUCCCAAACCUCCGGGGUAUACUCGAUUCGUCUGUAUUUCUGAUACUCACUCGAGAACUGAUCCCAUCCAAAUGCCAUAUGGAGAUGUGUUAAUACAUGCUGGUGAUUUCACUGAGCUGGGACUUCCUAGUGAAGUAAAAAAAUUCAACGAGUGGCUAGGUAGCCUGCCCUAUGAAUACAAGAUUGUGAUAGCAGGAAAUCAUGAAUUGACCUUUGACCAGGAAUUCAUGGCUGACUUAAUCAAGCAGGACUUUUACUAUUUCCCCUCUGUUUCUAAGCUGAAGCCAGAGAGCUAUGAAAAUGUACAGUCUCUUCUAACAAACUGCAUCUAUCUUCAAGACUCUGAAGUGACCGUGAGGGGAUUCAGAAUAUAUGGCUCCCCUUGGCAACCUUGGUUUUAUGGCUGGGGCUUUAAUCUUCCACGAGGCCAAGCACUAUUAGAGAAGUGGAACCUUAUUCCAGAUGGGAUAGAUAUUCUUAUAACACAUGGACCACCUCUCGGUUUUCUAGACUGGGUACCUAAGAAAAUGCAACGGGUAGGAUGUGUAGAGCUGCUUAACACAGUCCAGAGACGAAUACAGCCAAGGCUUCAUGUGUUUGGACAUAUCCAUGAAGGUUAUGGUGUCAUGGCUGAUGGAACUACUACCUAUGUGAAUGCAUCUGUGUGCACUGUGAACUACCAGCCUCUAAAUCCACCUAUAGUUAUUGACUUACCUACUCCAAGGAAUACAUGAUUAUAAUAAAGGAUUUCAUGUUGUGCCCAACGCAUUAGCAACUUCAUAUUGCUGACUGAGAAUGCCAAUAGGGAACUGUUCAACAAAGAAAAGUGCUUCUUCUCGUUUUCCUGCUAGAUCUUCACAGAUAAAUCUGAGUGACAAAAAAUGGAGGAUGAACAGAGACAUUUUGGUGCCAGAAACAGAUUAAAGACGUAUCACCAUUAAAAUGUUUGUGAACACAAAAAAGUGAAUGCAUUCCACAUAUAUAUACAUACACAUAUCUCUCUCUCGCUCAAGUAGGGACUUUUGUAUAUACUGUACAUUAUAUGGGACUAACUAAAAGAGGAAUGUCUUUCAGGGGAGUGUUUCUUCAAGAAAGUUGCAGUUUAAACAUAUGAGUUUAGACUAGGAUUUCCUCGUUUCAGAUGUUUCCCGGUGAGCUCUUGAUAAAAGUGAUGUUAAAGAGAUUUUCCCUUAAUUAACACAGUAAACACAAAAGAUUCUACAUGAAUGACCAGCCAUGGGAGGAAAGCUAUUAUUUCAAGCCUUCCAGGUCUUGAGUCUUAGCAUCUAUUCCAAACCAAUGCAGUAGAGGUCCAAAUUCACUGCUCUGAAAUGAAGUUUGCUCCCAUCUGACAUUAAGGGAAAUGAUGCAUAUUGCCAGCAUGCUGUAAACAGCUCAAAAUCCAAGAAGGGAGAAGGGAGACUGUGUUAAGUGCAGUAUAAACUCAGGAAUUUGUAACCUGGCCUCACCUGUGGGGAAAAAAAAGAAAAAGGAAAAAAAAAAGGUGAUAUUUCCCUUAAAAAAUGAAGGAGUAUAACUGUGUUUUCGUAUGGUAAGGCAAUGCGUGAUUCUAUGUAAAAAGCAAAAACAGAAAACAAAAACAACCACCCAACAAGCCAGUGUUCAGUAUUGAAAUUUUAAAUAAAACCCACUGGGACUAUUUGUUUAAAACCUGUUGCUGGAAUAUGCAGCCAAUAGUGAGAUUUCUGGUUUGAAUUUGGCCCAUGUCAGCUGUGACGGAAUGUCAUUGUGAUCAUUUUGUCCUUCGGGAGACUUCAUGGACCUCAAGGGGGGGUCAUCCAGAGGUGGGGUUUGGGCAUUUGUUUUUGGAUAGCUAUGUAGUAGCGUAAGUGCAAUGAGUGAUGAGUAUAUGUCAGCGGGUACGGAGCAGAGGUUGCCUCACAAAACCUGUCAUGGCCAUGUACCCAUUCAUGGACAAUGCUGGGGGAGGCCCAAGACAAAACCAUAAACUCAGCUGAAAUCUGUUUCUUGUGCUGUGUGUAGAUGCACCCAGGCAAAGCACGGGGUGUCGCAGGAGCUGCUAGGGAUGGCUGGCACUGAUCCUACCUGUGCAGCUUUCCUGCAGCUUAGCAGAGGUGUUGAGUCUGCUGAGUUUUCCGUGCAGUCUUAGGCAGAAGCUGGCGAACGGUCUACAAACUUGCAAAAAUACUUGCUUCAAAUGUGUCCUGCUUUGAACUAGCAUCUCCAUGCUCAGAGCAGCUUUUCUGCCAGGAUGGAGAUCACUUAACUGCUGUAACCUGAAUGAUGGCUGUGUUUGGGGCUGACUGCAUUUACAUAUUAAUCUUGUUCACACAAACUAGGCAAGUCAUCGCACUAUCAAUACUGGAUUGUUUUCAGCUCUGUGCAUAGCUCCUGUGGGCACACACAGUGGAUGGUAGUGUGGGUAACUUUUUGCCUGAUGUAUGGAUAUAAAUGUGAGCUUGGUGUAGUGACUGCAUUUAGAUUAGAUACAUAUGCGAUUUAAAGUUCGGGCUCUGCCAGCCCAGGCUAGCAGCCACAACUCUAAGGGAGGCAGGCAGAAAUACUGCGUUCUGGGGGCUUCCCACGUGUUCAUCCAAUGGAUGCUGGAAGCUGUGAAGUUCAAAGCCAGGAACUGAUGUGCUGUGGGCCCACUGACACCAAGAAACAUGGCAAGCCGCAGAGCUGUCAUUUCCUGAAGCAGCUGGGUGACUUGGGAUCUAAGCUGAUUUGCUGCUUUUUCCCGAAACAAGCAAACAAACAAAAGACAAACACAAAAAUGAGCAGCGGUUUCCUGGAGCGAACAGUUUACAGCACAAGAACAGUCCGCCAUUGAAUGCAGCUGGGUCUACUUUUCGUGAAAUCCAUUGGUGUAGAAAUUGCAGGAUCAGCUCCUAAAUCAGCAAAGACUAAAAUUCGUAGCUUAAUGUGAACCCCCACCAUCGCUGGGAAGAUGAACAAUAGCAUGCAGUUAAAGUGUCUUAUCUAGUCACAACUCGAGCAUUUUGAAACAAACGUGGCAGGAAAUUGGCUGUAUGUUAAAGAAGUCUGAAAUGUUUACAUUCACUCAUGGCACUUAAGAUACUAAAAUGUUGAAAGUGGAGGGAAGAGGUCCUUUUAUUGGCCUCAACGAAAUUUCUAUGUUGACCAUAAACUAUUCUCUUAAAAAUAAUUUUUUCCUAAGGUAUCCUCAAAAUACUGUGUAUUUUUAUGUGAAAAAGAUAUGAAAGCAGCUGUUACUUCAAAAUAUCAUUUAAACUACUUGAGGUAUGAAAUCUUAAAGGUUAUUUAAUCAUUUUGGCAUAACUUGAUUGUUGUUGUAAUUUUUGGUCAAGCAUGUUAGACAAAUAAAGUCUUAAAAGAAACA